UUCCUCGUCACUACCAUUGUAAUUGUAUCCGCUGUUGAUUCAAUUUUUUACUUCUGCUUCCGAACUUGAUUAUGAUGAAUUCCUGCGGUUUUUGCUUAUUUUACAGUAACGAUUGUUAAAGAACGAAGGCGCCAUACAACGUUGGCGAAAGGAUGAGUUCGUGGACUCACUAUCACUUCAGAAGGUGUGUCUACUUAUGUUGUGCUUGCUCCUCUGAUUCCCGGCCCUAUCCCAAUAUGAAUCUCAUGCCCCCACACUAUUCUGGAAACAAUAGGAGCAAGAAGAAGUGAUUGAUGCACAUGCUCAUUUUGCAAUGACAUGCUGUCGUCCUGUUGGCCGUCGUAUAUUUAUCCGAAAAGUGAUUCCAAAUAGACAAAGAUUGUUGUAUUGUUUCUGCAAGUGAUGAAUAUGUUAAACGUGGUAGUUCAACCUUAGCCUUGCCUUUCAUAUUUAAUCGAUCCGAUAUAUAAUUCAACUGGAGUGACUUUCACUUUGCAAAAAUCAUGGCCUCGUCGUCAUCGUCGGUCUUCAAUCGAGGACAGCCCGGCCCCGGCGAAGAAGCAGGUGGAGGCGGGCCAGCAAGGCCCCGCGCUCCCCUCCGGAGUGCUCAUCUUUUCGAUGAUGUUGCUCCAGUACAUGCACAAAAUCGAGAACGAGAGCGACAAGGCGGCUCUGCUUCUAAUAGUCCGAAUAAGCGGCGUAGACUAAACAGCGAAUCGCGCGGCCCAGUCGGGGCUGCAAUACGUCAGCAACAAAAUCCUCAAGCAUCUAGCUCCAGCUCGUCAAACGCAGCUGGCGGCGGUCAGCCUGCACAUGUUAGCAUCGACAGGCACAACAAUAAUAACGUUCUUGUCGCACGCAAUGCCAAUGACUCAGAUGACGACGACCAGGAUCAUGACAGACGAUUCUUCGAUGAAGUUGAGGGCGACAUCAACUUUGAUGACGAGGAAGACGAAGACAUCUAUUCCUCAUUGGAAGCAGAAUUAGAACAACGACAGCAGCAACCAGCUAAUAACGUGGGAAAUGAUGCUGAUGACCCCAUCGAAGCCACAGUAGACCUUGAUGAGGGGAAUGACUUCGACCUUCGAGUGCUUGGUGACGUGGAGAAUUUUGAGGAGAAACACGGCGAAAUGCAUUUUUACGGAGAAGAGACUGCUCACGAUGCAAUUGAUAGAUUGUUGGGCCCUGUGCCUGGCUUCCGGAGGGUAUAAUUCGUAGGAUUGUCUUUGUGUCACUUGUUCUUUAUUUUUCGUUUAUCAAUCUUCGAUGUCAAUGAGAAAGAGAGUGAAGUUUGUCAGCCUUGGAAUCAAUUGAUGAAUAGCCUCUUGACUUUUCAAUCACAGUACGCAAAUGCGUCUAGUUCCUAAGUACUCAACACCACUAUCGACACCUUUGUAACUACUCAACACCUUUUUCCUAAGUACUCAACACCACUCUCGUUUGUAACAAACUACUCAAGAAUACCUCAACGUCUCAUCAAACAAUUUCAUCUCAACACGACAGGGGAACCAAUUUGCAGACGGAGAGGAAGAUGACGAUCCGGAGGCGUGGUUUCGACGAAAGCUCUCCUUGCCAGAUGGUUUGCCUAUACGGUUGUCAAAGUCAAUUUUCGACCAGUUGCAUCCACACCAAGUUCGAGCCCUGCUGUGGAUGCAUGCUCUGCGCUUGCAGAGAGAAGGGGGGAUCUUGGCCGACGAUAUGGGGAUGGGAAAAACGGUUUCAGUGUGUGCGUUUUUGCUAUGGACGACCUUGGCUUUCAUUCAAUACUUGAGCAGCAAUAGUAUAACUUGGCCUCUUCCUUUUUAUAAGGUUGGGGCUUAGGUCGAGGUCCAGCGACGAUUAAAGUACUAAAGAAAGGCAACCGGCUAGCUUUCCCCGUAUCCUUCGGCUCAUCCCUUCAAGCAAUAGCAUAGCUUCUGCAUCAUCAUCGUCCCUACUUUUGCAAUAGCGAACUUCUUUCUUCGCGAACACUCUAAUCUUCCACUCGCUCCGCAGAAGCGCUCCGAUUCUCACGCAGUGCCGCCACGUCCUCAUCCUCUGCCCACGUGCUCUUCUCGGUGUCUGGGAAAAGGAGUGCGGUAAAUGGUGUCCAGAGUUUCGGUGUAUAUCUGUCGCAGAAAACUCUACUUCCUACGGUUCUAAGAACGUAAAAAAGCGAGCAGCUGAGAUUUCGCGGAACGAGGCUGGGGGCAUCUUGUUGGCAAACUACGAAAAACUGAAUGGGACAGAACUCUUCAAACUGCUGAAGCAUGUGGAGUUCUACAACAACGAGAGGUUUGCGGAUAAUUUCGUUGAAGGAGGCUACUUGAACGAAUUGGAUCUAAAAUCGCGUGGCAACCGAUACGACCUGUCAAAGCGGGGAGCUCGUGAUAGCAAAAACGCACGAAUUAGAGGACAUUUUGAUGCUGGGUCUCAACAACAAAAUGCACUACUAGCUUUACCUCCAGGCAGCAGCUUAAACAACUCAUCAACAUCUUCAUCUGCGUCUUCUUCUAGUGCAGCUGGAGGAAGAGCAGGAGCAGGACAAUCUUCUGGACAGCAACAAGGGGCAACCAAUAAACCUGUCCACGGGAUGCGCCGGAAGCACUGGGACCUGGUAAUCUUGGACGAAGGGCACAAGCUAAAAAACUACAGUACGGGUGGACAUCAACAGUUAUGAAGAACGAGAAUAAUCAUUUAUGAACGAGAAUAAUCUAUCAUCACGAAAAGGAAAACGAUACGUGUUCAUCCAUCACGAAAAGGAAAACGAUACGUGUUCAUCAAUCAAACCUUUCUUCUUGACAUUUAAAUACUUAUCAGGUUAUGUUGGAGGGUCAACACUUGAUCUCAUAGAUUCUCAGUAUCAUUGAUUUUCAAUUUGAAUUUCCGAUAGACUUCAUUUCCCAAUCCUACUCUAACCCCCGUCAAGCAAAUCUGGAGUCGACAGUCUAUCUUACUCUCUGGGACGCCACUGCAGAACCACUUGAUGGAGCUGCAUUCGCUUUUUAGCCUUGUGGUUUCCAAAAACGUACUUGGAACGCAGAAAGGGUUCAAGCGCCGCUUCCAGGAUCCGAUCAAAGAUGGCAACCACCUCUGUGCGACAGAUCGCGAGGUUGCGGUAAAAACCAAGAUGGGACAGAAACUGAAGCGACAUAUCCUGCCCUACUUUUUGCGACGGAAGAAGGUACUCCAAUAUUUCAUAGCAUGUACACCUAUUGACUUCAGUGAUUUCAUGAGCUUUUUUUUGGUGAAUUUUUAGGCAUUGUUUUCAAUCUUUUACUUUCUCUUCAUCGGCGUCGGCGAUUUUUAAGCGAUUCUUUCAAAUUCGUACUCACAGGAUUCGAUCUUGCAGCUAAACGCUGACCAGCCACAAAAUCAACUUGGCGCUCUCGAGGACACUAACAGAGGUUCAUCUAAUCAACGCGGCGCUUCUGCUGACCAACAAGAAACUGCACUGGUUCUUGCUAACGAAGCACAACAAGGCGCUGCCGCACAAGUAGCUGGAGCACAAGUUAGAGCUGCAUCAUCUUCAAGCGCCUCCUCUCCGUUCUUGACAGCGAAGAAGCACGUUGUUUGCAUGUUCAUCAAGAUGAAAGAGGAGACUCCACAGUAUCGAACGUACAAGAAGUUCAUAGACAGUCGCGCUGUCAAUGACUGUCUCAAAAUCGCCGACGACAACAAGUUCCGGAACCGUGCUUUUCAAUUGAUUGGUGAGCUUCGAAAAAUCUGUAAUCACCCUGUGUUGAACCUCCCUCAAGAGGAGCAAAUGUGGACGCGGGGAGAUGCGCCUUUAGAUUUUGAGGAGGAUGAAGACGGGAGUGUGCCACUGGAUCAGAGCCAGGAAGGGCUGAUGGAAGCGGGAGCGAAGGUGAAUUAUGUGCCAAGUUUCAGCUUCAGUUUCGCUGAAUGUGAGUGAGCGACUCACUGACGUACUUCCACUUACUCAGUCACUCUUACUUCCUAUAUGUUGGGUGGAUUUGCUGGAGCAUAUUUCUUGAUGCUCCAUCCUCGUUGUGGAGGAGCCUCCGACAGCGCAACUGAAUGAAGAGAUUUAUAGACACUUCUUCUAAUCCUCGCUCAUCCGUACCUUGUGCAACCGCUGGAGACGCGAAGGUCGACGAUUUCUCAUCUUUUCGGAAAGCAAGAAAUUUCUUGAUUUAUUGGACUAUUGCGUGUUCGGGCCAGGUCAUUUUCGAACGAAGCGCGUAGAUGGCGACAAGACACUGCAGGAACGAACUGAAACCCUCAAACAGUUCGACGAGGCGAAAGCAAAGGCACGGGCGGGAGCGCGGAACACACUACAGGGGCUGUUGCUGACGACGAAGGUAAUUUGGUCAGACGUUCUUGUUGAGGAGACUGUCUAGCGUAAUUAGGCUAGCGCGUGGCUGGUGCAGGAAGAUGAAGAACCAUUUUGCAGAAAUUAAAAUCAUUGAUUCAAUAAGAUUUAGACUUUUAUUAUUAUUUUAUUGUUCGUUUGAUGUGAGUUACAACAAGGACGUCCAGGCGCUUGAGUGCACUUCGUAUCUGGUCUUUCAGUUCGAUUUUGAAUUUGACCAAAACCCAUAGUCCUAGACACCAAGGUUGGCGGGGUCGGCCUGACGUUGACAGCAGCAACGCGAGUCAUCCUGGUGGAUCCAGGUUGGAAUCCCAGCAUCGAGCAACAAGCGGAGGAUAGAUGCUAUCGAAUUGGCCAAGACGAGGACGUCAUCUGCUACCGUCUUUAUGUUGGGCAACUAACUUUACUACUCAUUCUGAAAAUGCGUAACUACAACGCAAGGCAACUAAUCCCAAGAAUUAUGUAGCUCUUCUUCUUUUUGCGUGUCCAUGUCCUCUCCUACUCCUACUUCUUUCCUUCCUUCCCCGCUCUUCAUACCUCCUAUCUCCGAAAUACCAUCGAGGAGCACAUGUUCUGUCUGCAAACAUUCAAAACUGGUCUGCAGCGCAUUGCGUUUGAACAAGAGCAGCAAGAGCGACACAUUGCGAAGGACGACUUGCGCAAGUGCUUUAACAUGGAGCCACGAGAUCGGCCUGCGCAUACCUUAUGAGAAAAUCUUUAAUGAAAGUGUAGGUGGCUCCAGGCUUCUUCAUCUUUACUUGCUUCUAGUAGUUGUGCACUAAUGGAGAGCUACUUUUGCAUUAGUUAUGUUCUUGGAGUCGUUGUCCUCAUCCUCUAGACCGAAGUUUAUUUCUCCUCACAGCCUUCCUCUUCUCGCGUUCGGACUUCUCCUUCUCCCAUUUCAUUCUGUUUGAUGGGCUUGUCAGCGUACAGUGAGAUCCGGAGCGGACGCAGACUCAAAUGCCGAGAUCCAUCGAGUCUUUUUCAGUCGACAGCGUUCGAAGCGCUCCAUCCGGAUCAGGUAUCGGAAGCUUCAGAAGGCUCCGCGGAUGAAGGGGAGGCGCAGUAAGCAGGAUGCCUGUUUAUCCGAAGAAGACUGUAGCAAAUGAAUAUGAGGCCACCACCAGGCGUUAUAAAUGAAGCAUAACAUAACUGGCUGUAGUAAAUAAAGAUAAUGGAUUUUAUCGUAAUUUUUGUUGAAUGCCACUGCCAUUCCCAUUAAGUAAAGAUGAGCGCUCAGAAAAAAGAUUACACUCGUUGACAAAGAUCACGAUAAACGUCACAUCAUCAAAACGAUCCCGAUAAACAUCACAUCAUUGAUAAAACAAAUAUAGCAUCUAUCAUUACCGUAGGAUCACUGUGAGUCACCUGUUGUUUUUCUAGAGCUUGAUCCUGUAGAAUGAGGACGGAGCAUUCUCGUUUCCAUUAAAAGAAUACGUAAAUCGAGAGCUUUCCCAACUACCUAUUCAUCUGAACAUCUGAAGAUCAUGCUUAUUGUUCUUUAUACGUCUUAGCAGAACUACUUGAACUUUCUCUUCCCCUGCUACGUAAACGACUGCAAUAAGUAAACUACAGAAUCUAGUACUGUCACCGUCUCGUAAAAGCGACGACAUGAUUGAAAUCUUUUCAAAACCGAGAAUAUGAGUUUGAAUUCGGAUCGGAAGAACAUUAAAUUGGUGAGUCCAGCAUUUCAUGUACGACAUGACUUUCUUUCUCACCUCGUCUUCUACUCAUG